AGUCCAGUCCAGCCGAGAACCAGUGCCAGUUCCAGGCCCAGCCCGCUCUCUAAUCCCCGCGAAGAUCGCAUCGCCGCGAAACACUCGAAAUCUAAUCGGUUCAAUAGACUUCCCUGCCAGAUAGUGCGUGGGCAGGCCAGAGCAUGUAGCUAAUCGCGGCAAACAACUGGCAAGUGGAUCAACCGGCGGCAGUGGGCCAUACUUAUACUCCGUGCCCAGAUAAACGAAUUCCGCAAAGGCAGUCCGUCGUUAAUUGCUGCUCUUCGCUGGAAGUGGCCGCGGAAACUGAGCCACCCCAGAUUCGGACCCGCACAGCUGGGCAGGAAAACUUCAGUUCGAGUGGAAAACCUGCUUGAGCUCUAGCUCCAAUCACAACUACAACUACAACUACGACUCCAGCUGCAGCCACAACAACAACAACAACAACAACAACGCGCAGUGCGCGAUCGAGCCCACAAAAGAGACGGCGACAAAACAAAGAAGCAGGCGAACAAAGAACGCAAGGCAACAAAAAGAACCGAACAGAGGGAAACAGAGAAUCCAUCGCCAGAUACAAGAUACCAGAUACAAAACAAGUCGGUCGCGCAGCAUAGAUACAUAGGUAGUGCAUCCAGCAGGAGCAUCUGUGAGCAGGGGAGCGGGUCUAGAGACCGAUGCCCGAAAAAUUCAAUAAACACGACUGUGUUCAGCCAGCGUAAACACGACGAAAUUGUUAAUUAAGACGCCAAAUGUUUGGCAGACUUCGAAAGUGCAGAGCAGCGGAGUAAGCAGCGAGUGAACGUCGAGAGAGAGUGCGCGGCAGAUAAGCGGAUCCGAAUCCGAAUCUGAAUCGUGAGGUGUGGGUGCAGUUCGUCUCUGGGAGAGUGGUUCCGUUUCCAACGUAGCGCGCACGUUUGCGUUGCCCACCGAAAAUCAGCUGGUGCCCCAAAGCUCAUUUCAAGUGCACGCCGAUCGAGAUAGCGCUCCCAUCUUCUGUCGCUCUCCCGCUCAGUACCACCCACUCGACCACCCCCGCUAACGCUAUCAGUCACUGCCGUGCUUCUGAAACCGAUUCGGGAGAGCGCAGUGGAAAGUCUGAACCGUUGGCGACUUUAAGAGCUCCAAAAUUUACGACGAUAACAUGUCAACCCCCCACAGCCACAGUACAUUGCCAUGCGCCAAAGACCCUGAGGUGGGCCAGCCUCGUAGUCGAGAAUCCGAUCGGACAGUGGCCCCACCCGCAAUCAAAUCCCUUACACUAAACUCCACACAGAGCAGGACGGGCACGGGCAACUUUGGAGGCUACAGCAUGACGAACGGAGCCGAGAAGCCUACUGUGCUGCAGAUGAUACUGGAGGCCUUGGGCCUGCGCAAUCAGGCACAAAACCGCGAGCCAACGUCCAAGGAUAUUGGUACCCUGAUAAUGCUGGGCGUGAUGUUUCUGCUUUUUGUAGUCGGAGUGACCGGAUUCUUCGUAAUGUGGUUCACCGAAUAUUACAACAACACCAUGCUGGAGAACCUGAUACUCGCCGAGAACUCUGACACCGCCAAGAGUUGGCUUAAUCCUGAUCCAAAGUUUGAUACUUUGCUUAAGGCACACAUCUUUCACUACCCCAACAUCGAUGACUACUUGGCAGGUCGUGCUGAUAAGAUAAAGGUUGUGGAUGUGGGACCUCUAACCUACCAAGAACACACUGUUAAAGAUGAAGUUUCAUUUAACAAAAACUUCACAGUUAGCUUCCGGGAUCGAAAGUCUUAUAAGUUCCUGCCCGAGAAGUCUGCUAUUGGAGAGCACGAAGUGGUCAGGGUGCCCAAUGUGCCACUUAUCUCUGCCGCGGGACCUGUUAAACGCAUGAAGGUCGUUGAACGUAUACCUGUCUCCAUGUUGAUCAAUCAAUUCAAGGAGCCGCUCUUCAAGAAUCUCACAGUUUUCGACUAUCUCUGGGGUUAUGAGGACAGCAUCAUCAAGUUGAAGUCUUUGGGCAGAGGCAGGCGAAGAUUCGGUCUUCUAAUGAGCCGCAACGGGACCAGCGUGGAUUCCGUUCAACUCAAUACGGGCGAGGACGACAUCACCAAGUUUAGCGUUAUCACCCAGUUUAAUGGGAUGCCCCAAUUGGACUAUUGGGAGGGAGAGGAGUGCAAUCGCAUCGACGGAUCCGAACCCUCGAUGUUCUCACCGCAUUUGCUGCAGGAUCGCAGCACCGUAAAUGUGUUCCUCCAGGUCCUGUGCCGCAAGGUUCCCCUGAAUUUCGAAAAGGAGGUUACCAUCUACAACGACAUCGACGUUCUUCGCUACCGUACACCAAUGGAUGUAUUCGCCCAUCCCAAAAACAAUUCUGCGAACGCGUGCUACUGUCAUAACACGGAGCUCUGCCUGCCCAGCGGAGUGAUCAACGCAACCAAGUGCUAUGGCGAUGCGCCCAUCUUUCCCUCGUUCCCGCACUUCUUCACUGGCGAUCCGAAGCUAUACGAAGACUUUGAAGGUAUCGAGCCGGACGCAGCGGUGCAUCAGACCUAUGCCGACAUCCAUCCUCGAUUCGGCUUCCCCAUUAGCGGAGCCUCACGCGUCCAGAUCAAUAUCAUGUUGGACAAGACGCCAAUACUGAGAAAUCAGGGAAGACGACUGAAGAACGCCACCAUCCUUCCCCUGAUGUGGAUCGAGAUCACCUCGGGUGACUUUUCCGAGGAUGUGCUCCAUGCUUUGUACAUAAGCACCUUUGGCCUGAAUGCCAUUCAGCAGACUCUCAAAUACGGCACCCUGCUCAUAUCGGUGACAUCCUUCAGCCUGAUCGUGGCCGGAGUCUACUACCUGAACAGCCGGCGGGAGGAGCAGCUCCAGGAGAGCAAGUCGUCCGCUGAGCUGGAAGCACUGAACGGCGAAAUCGUCGUGGUACACCACAUCGACAUGCCCGUUCCGCUGCCCGCGCAAGAGGGUAGCAGCCACCGAGGAGCGUAAUAGUGCCAUUAGUUAGUUAGGGGCGGGUAGGGGGAAAGUUGUUCAAACUUAUUGAGAUUUUCGAAUUUGUCAACGCUUAUCUUAGAAUAGUUUUUAAACAAAAGUCGCCAGUUACCUGUAGUCCGUAGUGAUCUGAUAUAUGUAUAGUAUAUAGAAACGUUCAAUAAACUGUUAAUUAUCUUUAA